AUUAUUAGAUGCCUGGAUGACGUCUAUUAUGAGGAAAACCAAUUUAUAAUCACUUCUUAAUAUUGUGCUUAUUUUUUAAGUCACUACUGGUUCACGAGUGCCUCACUUCAGUUCACAAAAUAUAUUUAUUUCUCAAUCCAUAACAUCAUUAUAUCGCUAGAAAAAUGGUCGAAACUGAGAGUGGUAAGUUUGACAUCAAUGGAUACCCAAUUUGGUACGAAAAGUUUGGUACCGGUGCUAAUAUUCUGCUCAUGAUUCCCGGCGCUAUAGGAACGGGUCGAACCGACUAUUACGAGCAACUGUUAGGCGAGAAUGCAUUAGAUUUGACUCAGUUUACAGCCUAUGCCAUAGAGUUGGCCGGUUGGGGCCGAUCGCGACCACCCAUCAGAAAGAUCAACAAAAAUGCCUACAAUUUUGACGCCGAAACGUGUAUCAAACUGAUGGAGAAUUUGGGUCACAAGAAGUUCUUUGUGUUGGGCUGGUCUGAAGGGGCCAGAGUGGCACUGGUAUUGGCCGCCAUCUACCCCAACCACGUGACUGAUAUGGUGGUGGCGGGUCUACCCUGUCUAUACACCGAACAGAGCAAUAACAACAUCCUCAACACCAGGAACAUCGAGAAUUGGGGCCCAAAUUUGGUGCAAAACUAUCUGAGAGUAUAUAAGGAUGAGAAGGAAGUUCAAGACCUCUGGAGACGGCAUAUGAUAUUCAUCGCUAACUUUCCCGAAUACUUCCCAAACGGUGUCUGUAAUAAGAAAUACGAGACA